CUGACGCCUCCUUGAGCAUGUUAUAAUACAGAUCAGCUGAGAGAUAUAAAAGCGACAGCUGGAUCGGCCUACAGAGAAAAAGCGCUCACUGUAAAGCAGCUGUUUCUGAAGGUUGGAAUAUCCUACAGUACUCCGGUAUGGUGGUCCCGGGUGGUCCUGCAUCUCGGUACAUGAGCACUGAGCAGCAGCAGCAGCGCUCCUUUCGCCUGCGCUGGAUGUCGCUGUUGAUCGCGGCGCUUCUCAUCUUGUCCGCAAGCGCCACCUGUGCGCAGUGCACCACUGUGGAGCAAGAUCUACACAUCGUUCACAACGUCGACAACAGAAGUCCUGAGAUUGACCCCUUCUGGUAUGUAGGUCGUGGUGUGAGACCCAUCGGCCGCUUUGGAAAGCGUGAGAGUGAUGCACAAUUACAGAAUGCACUCCUGCUGCUGCUGCUCAGCGCUCUGAGAAACACUGAAAGUGCACGCAACGAAGUCUCCUCCUCGAACAUGGACUAUUACCCAGAAGUGCACAAAUCCUAUACUUGAAUCAGAGGCAAAACAUAUUAGUUAUUAUUACUUGAAGGAAGAUCAGCAACUAAUUCCACUUGAGAUGAGGUAGCUUAUUAACAUACCAAUACAUAACUAUUUUAUUAUCCAGACCACAGAGGAAAUAUUAUAUUCAAAACCAAUAGCAUGUAAAAUGAACACAUUUUAUGUUACAUGUAAAAUUAUUAAUACAUUUUCUUUACACAAGGACUCCAAAUAAUUAAAUACACUAAAAUGGAAUAAUAAAAAUUCAGUAAUACUACAAAAGUUGUAAAGUAAGACCUGUGCUA